GGGGCCCCCAUAAAGUCAGUUCUUGAGCUUAAACACAUAUAUUUACAGUUGUAGUGAUGGCAUAGUAAGACUAAAAGGAGGAUUUGGGGAAGGGGUUGACGAACGAAUAUGCGUAGAGCGCCCGCACGAAGUCAGUGCUCAUGAAACACAAGCGGUUUCAAGCCCUUGCUCUGGCCGGCUGGAGGGCUUGUCAGAGGAGGCGGCACCGCAAACUAUAAGAAUGAAGCCAAGUGUGGGGAGCGGGGACCAGGCUUGACUCCCCUUCCUCUUUCCUGCUGCCAGGUGACCGCUCGCCAGGAAGCCAUGACAGAGGCCGGAAGGCUGCCCCCACCAUUGCCCCCACGACUGGCCUGGUUUGUGCAGACGCAGGUGGGCCAGCUGGCCCACGGAGGGGUCCCUGUGUGGUUCCACGGGGCCAUCUCGAGAAAGUGUCACAUGGCGAAUGAACAGCAGAGCCGGGGUCUGAAUCCAAACACGCCUGAGAACAGGGACGCCGAGGAUUUGCUGGAAUCGCAGCCACUGGGAUCUUUUCUCAUCAGGGUCAGUCACAGCCACGUGGGCUACACGCUGUCCUGCAAAGCCCAAAGCUGCUGUCGCCACUUCAUGGUGAAGCUCUUGGACGAUGGGAGCUUCAUGAUCCCCGGCGAGGAAAGGGUCCACGCCUCGCUGGACGCCCUGGUCACCUUCCACCAGCAGCAGCCUGUGCGGCCACAUGGGGACCUGCUGACACAGCCCUGUGGGCAGAAGGAUCCAGCAAACGUGGACUAUGAGGACCUCUUCCUUUACUCCAAUGCAUUGACUGAGCAAGUCACCAGCCCCUCCCAUGGCCCCGGCGAGUGUCGGAAUCCUUCCUCCUAUCCCACGGCCACAUCUGAGGAGACCUCGGGAAGCCCCAUCCUGCUCCGUCGGCCGAAGGAAAGGAAGCCGUUGGCGAAGUUGCGCAGAGCCUUCUCGGUGGAAGCCACUUCCUCGUGCCCCCCCAAAGCCCACCUGGAGGAGGCCUGCCAGAAACUCUGGAGAAGCCUCAAGAUGCUCCCCGAGACGGGCCGGAGGGUCCAGCAGCGCCUGGAGCCACACUUGGCACUUGCGAGCCUGUCCUCGCGCUGGGACGCUGGGACGCCGGUCGUGGCUCACAGCCCUGGGGCCAGGCCGGGAGACACAAACCGGGAAGUCAACGUCUCCACAGACCGCUUUGUGGCCGUGUCCCCUGGAAGUCCCGCACAGCCCCAGCAUCUGAGAGACAGAGAGGACACCUCCUCUGGGAGGGCCUCCAGAGUGGCCAGCAAGAGCAAGGUGGCCCCGAGGGUCAGGGCUUGGCACCAAGUGGUAAUGAGGGCUCUGUCCGCUAAAGCAACCAAGCCAGAGACAGAGGGCCUGGCAGGAGCCCAGGAGGGCUGGCUCCCCGAGGAGUACCUCACACCGCCACCCUUUGCCCCUGGGUACUGUUAGGGCUUUGCCCUGACUCGGGGCCGCUUGUUGCCGGCGGCUGCUCACACCGGCCCCCUGGCUGUCCGCCCACAGCCCGCCUGCCAGGACCUGAGAAACGUAAUAAAGACAUUGUGUGGGGCCACUC